AUGACUAAGUUAGAUUUGACCAGAGCCGAGCUAGCUCUUGUAGUUCUGUACUUGAACAAAGCUGAGGCUAGAGAUAAGAUAUGCAGAGCUAUACAGUAUGGUUCCAAGUUCGUGAGCGGUGGGCCGCUCAAGGACUACUUUAAGCUUGCCAAAGAGAUUGUAAGGGUGUAUAAAGUUGUUGGAAACGCUGUAACACAAGACCGUGGUAUCAGGCUGCUCUUUAUGCUCUCUCCCCACAUGAUGACUCUGGACCCAUUAAUGUCGUCUCAGCUUCGCCUUAUUAUUUUUGUCAAUGACUUUCACGCUCUUAUUAGUCAUGUGCCUAAAGGAACUCCACUUCCCCUUGUCUUACUCGGAAAGUCUAAGAAUGCGCUCUUUUCUACCUUCUUGUUUCUUGAUCAAAUCGUUUGA